ACUACAUUUAAGCAUACCUUCCAAUUAUGGAAGGAGGUCAAGAACAUAUGAAUCCACCUCCAACCUCAUCAUCAACACUGCCGCUAUCAUUACCGUUAAUCUUGCCGCCGCAAAACCCUUCCUACCAGCUCUUCACACCCUCAGGAUUGAACCCUCCUCCUCUUCCUCUUCUACAGCCUCAUGAUCAUCAAUCCCUUAACCCUCUAGACAUUGACUGGAUCAGCCUUCUCUCUGGUCAAGCAGGUCAUCACGGGCUAGUCAGUCAUGAUCAGAUUAGUAACUAUAGGGCUGUGACGGGUAUGGUGGAUCUCAGUACAGCCACUGGCUCCGCUGGUGAGAAUACUAUUGAAGGUGAUGAUGAUCCGGAACAAAAGGGUUGUAAGAAGAGGAAAGUUGGUGGUUAUAAGAUGAGGAAAGCGACUCGGCCUAGGUUUGCAUUUCAGACUCGGAGCACUGAUGAUAUUCUUGAUGAUGGCUACCGUUGGAGAAAAUAUGGACAGAAAGCCGUCAAGAACAGCUUAUAUCCCAGGAGUUACUAUCGCUGCACGCAUCACACAUGUAAUGUGAAAAAGCAGAUUCAGAGGCUAUCAAAAGACACAAGCAUCGUGGUGACAACAUAUGAAGGAACUCACAAUCAUCCCUGUGAGAAACUGAUGGAAACCCUAACUCCUCUCUUGAGGCAAAUGCAAUUCCUCUCUAGGUUCUAGUUAAAUGUGUAUAUAGCUCCCUAAGGUUUGCUAUAUGAACAUAAUACGUACUGUGAUUAACUGAUUAUGACUUUCUCUUGAACUGUUAUAACACGUUGU